AUGGGCCGCCCCAAGGUUAAUCCCGAAAACCGCCUGCGGGCCAAUACUGCAUGCACGAAAUGCAGAGCCUCCAAGAAACGAUGCAGUGGCUCAUUCCCAUGUACGAACUGCAUUCGCAAGGGACACGCUCGCUCCUGCAUUCCUUUUAAAUCCAAUCCAGAGAGUCCUAGCAGCCACCGGGACCCGACUCCUCGAUCUCGAUCGCGAUUAGAUACGAUUCCGACAUGGGAUGAUUCCAAUGGACCAUUGGAGACUCCCGUCAGUCCUCCGAAUCGUGCUGGAAGUCCGUCCGAUCGUCUACUGCAGCGGCAGCGCCCUGCGGCGGGUUCCCGCUCGCCUGAGGCAACACACCAUACGCAUCCGCGGAUGCUGCGUAAUCUACAGGGCGAUAGAGUUUAUGUUGGUAAAGCUGCGUCAUUGUCGUUUUUGCAACUCCUUCGGGAAACAGUGUACCAGCAUAUCGGACCAUCACAAUUCUCCCAUAAUUGGAGCGAGGACAUGCUAGAAAACGAAGCCCGCCAUGACCCACUAAGCUUCUCCGAAGAGAGCUGCAGUGCGGAUGAUAAGCGCCGCUUCAUUUCGAACUUCUUUGCAGUGACGAGCGGCUUCCUCUACCUGGGAUGCAACACCGAGGCACUAUUGGCAGAUACUACAGAGCCAAAGACUGAUCGGGAAAAGACUCAUGCCGCUAUUGGGGAUCUGAUGAUUGCCAUCGGCGCUCAGUCAUGUUUGAACGAGGCUACCACAGUUCAAAUUGAGCGCUUUUUCAUUACACGCGGACAACGCAGGACUUUUGCCAACUUUCUGGAAGAUCCAAGUAUGGACCUAGUCCGGGCAUUUCUGCUUAUGUCAUUCUAUAUGUUUGGGGCCUGUCGCCGGAAUGCCGCUUUCAUGUAUCUGGGUGUUGCGGCUCGGUCCGCCGUUGCUCUGGGGCUACACGAGGAUUCUUCGGGAUUGGGCCAUCAGGAAAAACAAGAAAGGUCAAGGCUAUGGAUGAGUCUAUGUGUACUCGAUCUCCUGGCAAGCUCUAUUCUAGGUCGACCAGCAGCCACAUCAGCACUCUUACCAGGUUGCGGAGACCUCAGUCGACAAACAGAAACAGCGGCAGAAGCAGGCGUAUCUGCUUCAUACCGACUAUCUUUGAUUCUGAAUGAGAUCAUUGGUCGAUUAUAUGGUGAUCAGGGUGCCUCUAUUGAAAAAGCUGAAAUAUUGCUUGCCAAGCUGAAUCGUUGGAGUCAACACCUGCCAGAUUCCUUACGUACCCCAGCUGAAAACGAGAAUCCCGACGAUGCACAGAAACGUGUCAUCGGGAAUAUGCAUGUGGCCUGCUUAUACCACUUUGCGGUUAUUCUUCUUACACGUCCUUUUCUUAUCUCCACGUUGAGUGUGCGCUUAGCACGGUUGCACCAGACCCUUUCCACAAAUGGAACCGGCGAUUUCCCUGACGAAGAUCCGGUGCAUUCUCGGCUAGCGGCAGCUUGCAUCGAUUCCGCUGUUUACAUGCUUCAAACAUGUCUCGAAAUUCACCAGUCUGGCCUUCUCCUGCGGAACAUGUGCAUUCUCAAAGCAUUCGUCUUCGCAGCCGCUUUGGUAUUAGGAUUCUCGAUGUUUGCCCACCGAGAUGUUGAUACUGAAAUCGACAGUGCAUUUGCAGGUGCCCUGACCAUUCUACGCAUGUUAGCACAGCAAUCUGCCCAAGCGGCCCACUACCUGGAGAUCUUGACUUUACUCGAAGCCGCAGUCACCCAACAACGAGAACGCUUGGCAUCCCAAGCUCGUCAGCGUCGUAGCAAAUAUGUAAGCCGGAUAUUCAGCUUGAGUGAUAGCCCAAAUGUGCCCCGUGCACAGAGUGAGAAUGAGAACCGACCCGAAAGCGCAACCCCACUAUCAACACAAGGCGGCCCGCUAUUUUCCUGGAUACCCCAAGGGGACGGCCCGACUACAUUUACACCUCCAGUAUUGGACGGCGCAUUUUUGGAGUGGGAGGGCAUGGAGUUACCACUAUGGGAUAGCUUUCCUUUUACUGAGCCAGGCUCGUGUGCUCUAUAA